GCACGAAUGCUCUCAAAACUUGAACUUUCACGGCGCGCUACAGACCUGACAAACGAACCGACCGGCAGAAAAUAAUCUAAUAAUCUAAAAUAAAACUAGAAUCAAGUGAAAGAUGGCCGGCGUUGUGGAGCUACUCAGCCUUAAUAAUCCCGUGUUCAAGAGCUAUGUGUUCUGGGCCGGCGUUCUGGUCAUCAAAAUGCUGCUCAUGAGCCUCCUCACGGCCGUGCAGCGCUUCAAGACGAAGACCUUUGCCAAUCCCGAGGAUCUGAUGUCGCCCAAGCUGAAGGUCAAAUUCGACGAUCCCAAUGUGGAACGUGUGCGCCGCGCCCAUCGCAACGAUCUGGAGAACAUUGUGCCCUUUUUCAUCAUCGGCCUGCUCUAUACGCUGACGAAUCCCAGCGUCUUCCUGGCCGUCAAUCUCUUCCGCGCCGUGGGCAUUGCCCGCAUUGUCCACACCAUCGUCUAUGCUGUGGUCGUGGUGCCACAGCCAUCCCGCGCGCUCGCCUUCUUUGUGGCCCUCGGUGCCACCGUGUACAUGGCUCUACAGGUCAUCCUGGCGGCUGCUUUUUAAUUAUUAGAUUUAAACACAGCAAAUUGUUAAUGUUAUAUUUUUUAUACAUAAAUUCACAUGCAAAAUGCUACAUAUA